CUCAAGACAAUUUUAAGGAUAUAAUUAACAUGUUUAGAGAUAUUAAUAUGGGAAAUGAAUUCCGAGGCAGCGUUUGCGGUGAAACGCGAUGGAAUAUUCCGGCGGCGAUUGGCUUCACUCCAUCCAGCGAUCUUGAAACCUUCGGAUCAUCAUCAUGGGGCAUCAAGGGAAUACUUUCGCAGUGCGCCGCCGAAGAUAAUUCCCGACAUGUUCUAGAUUCCGGCAGUAACCUCGUCGACGGUGACUACUUGCUGGAUUCAACCCUUCAGAUCAACGGCGGCGCCGCCGCCACAAUAAUGGAAGACUGGAGCCAAACAACCUUCAACAACAGUAGCAGUACUGGCGGUGAGAGAAACUACCAUUCCCAAAUUCUACAAGAAGAAAUGAAUUCCGAUCAAUUUCACGGCGGCGGCGAUGCACAAGAUCUCAAUUUGACAAGCCCAAACCCAGCAGCCUUCUUUCUCGACCAAAUCAAUACAUAUGGAUUUCCAUAUGAAAAUCGACAACUGACCAUGGCUUAUGAUCAUCACCAUGCAUCAUCUUCAACAAAUUUCUCUACUGAUGAUCAAGUGCUUUCAGCUGCUCCUAAUAAUUCUCCUUUUAGCCCUUCAAUUUUCUCCGACCAGACACCACUACCUAUGUGGAACACAUCCACUAACUUCUUUCCAUCUUCAACAGUACCAAUAUCAAGCUGUUUAAUGGAUUCCUCUGAUAAUCUUGAUGAAUCAAUAUCUCAUACUGAUUUAAAUUCAUUGGCCAAGUCCAAGAAGAAAAUCAAGAAUUACAACUCUGACCACCAGCAGCAGCAGCCAUUAAUUACUAAGAGGCCGAGAAUUGAAACACCAUCGCACUUACCAACUUUCAAGGUCAGAAAGGAAAAGAUGGGGGAUCGAAUAACUGCGUUACAACAACUGGUUUCUCCUUUUGGAAAGACUGAUACCGCAUCUGUUCUUCACGAAGCCAUAGACUACAUCAAGUUUCUCCACGAUCAAGUUAAUGCUUUAAGUAGUCCUUAUUUGAAAAAUGGAAACCCCAUUAAUCAACAAUUACACCAACAGAUUAAUGAACAUAUGAUGAAGAAAUCCACAAAGAGAGUGGAUUUAAAAAGCAGAGGGUUAUGUUUGGUUCCGAUAUCGAUAUCGAGCACAUUUCCGGUAGCCAGCGAGACAACAGCCGAUUUCUGGACGCCAACGACGACAUUCGGAGGGGGGUUCAGGUAGAAGAAGACAUAUUAUUAGUAGUUCAUCAACAAGUAAAGGAAAGGGGAAUGACAGGCAAAGAUGGGCCAGAGAUUACAAGGAAGAGAAGAAUAUUAAUUAAUGGCUAAUUAAUUAGGUGGUGAUUAUGAUAUAGAGGAUAAGUAUGAAUAAAUAUAAGGAAAAAGAAUGUAUAAAUAAUUAAUUAAUUUAAUUAAAGUGAAGUGAAGGGACAUGAACAAGAACAAGUUCUAAAUUUAGCAGAAAAUAGGGUUUAAUUAAUGGGACAGUGUUUUGUCAUUAUGCUGCAAGUUGAAAUAGAUUUAGCAGAUUUGGAGUGAUUAUUUAAAGGAGAUUAAUACUGCUGUUCCUGUUUCUUUAUAUAUGUAACGUUGCUUACAUUUUUCCUUAUUCUCUUUUUCUUUAUAUUUUAUUUAUU